AGCGUGUCAGUGAUUGCGGAAGUGUGGACUUGAACGCUCAGCUCCUCGCUGACUUCACUAUACCAAGUUACUGCUCGCUGGUGCCAACGCCCGGCGAAACAGACGGCUACGUUAGCUAGCGGAGACACGGAGGGACAUUGCCGACGUUUUUGCCAGCUAUAUCGGAAACGCAGAGAUGCAGACUAUCAAAUGCGUAGUGGUGGGUGAUGGAGCAGUGGGGAAAACCUGCCUGUUGAUUUCAUACACCACCAACAAAUUCCCCUCUGAAUAUGUACCAACAGUGUUUGACAACUAUGCAGUAACUGUAAUGAUCGGGGGUGAACCAUACACCCUUGGUUUAUUUGAUACAGCAGGUCAGGAGGAUUACGACAGGUUACGACCACUAAGCUACCCACAGACAGAUGUCUUCUUAGUCUGUUUCUCAGUUGUUUCACCCUCCUCGUUUGAGAAUGUUAAAGAAAAGUGGGUUCCUGAAAUAACUCACCACUGUCCCAAGACGCCGUUCCUGUUGGUAGGCACUCAGAUUGACCUGCGUGAUGACCCCUCCACAGUGGAGAAGUUAGCCAAGAACAAACAGAAGCCAAUCACCCCUGAGACAGCAGAAAAACUGGCUCGUGACCUUAAGGCUGUCAAAUAUGUUGAGUGCUCAGCCCUAACACAGAAAGGAUUAAAGAAUGUGUUUGAUGAGGCAAUACUGGCUGCCCUGGAGCCUCCUGAACCUAAGAAAAGACGUAAAUGUAUUGUGCUCUAAGUUUCGUCGCAGCCCUCUCCCUACCAGUUUCCAGAACUAGGUUAACAGUGCUGAAGAGGUUUGCUGCACAGGCACAUUCCAGUGUGAUUUGAGAGAUCAUGAUGUUUAACUGAACCUAAAUACAUACUCGGUGUGUUCAACAUGAUUUUAAAAUGAAGUAACACUUGAUGCUGUUUGAUGAUUUGAUGCCACUAAACUGGUCUUAAAUGAUUUGAACAUGGAAUACUUAAAAUAUACUACUACUCUUUUGACAUUAAACAACACUGUAGUUUGACCACAUUAUGCCUAGAGUUGAUUUAGCAUAAGUGGUUAUAGUCCAGGUGAACUGACUUAAGAAAUUGUAUUUUACUGGAUCUGUUACCAAGAUGACGACGGGUUAGCGAGAUUUAAUUUUUAGUGUGUCCUACAUCUGUUGUACUUUUCAAGCAUUUCAGUUUAAGUUUACCAUAUGUACUGUUAUGUUCACCCCAGGCACACUGUUUUGUUCAUUCUUCCAUUACUGGUGGGAUCUAACAAUAUAAAUCCACCUUAAGUUAUAUAACUCAAAAUAUUUUUAAGUGACACAUUCUUAAAGGGUUAAUAGAGUUACUGUAUCUGACAUGACAUUUCUAGGCUGUGCUCCAUUGUGGUUCUAGUUUGCCAAAAGAAAAUCCAAUAAAUUAACACCUGACAGCAGAAAUUCACAGAGGCUGUGAAACAAGUAGGAAAUAUAUGGAUUAAAUAGUUUUUAAAUACAGUGUGAACACCUUCAACUGGAAGUCAUGUUCCACAAAUAGUUUAACAUGCAACGUGAGGACUACAGUUUUUUUUCCUACGUCCUUAAAACUUAGUAAAAGUUGCUAUAGCUGAACUGUCGGAGCAUUUCAUCUUAUAACUCCAUUGCGCUCCGAGCGUUACCUUGCUGCAGCAUCAUUAGGUCACAUAGCAACACGUUCUUACCAAAUGACAUCUUGUGAAGCUUUCUGAAUGACUGAACCAGUACUAUUUGCAUUUGUUUAUAGCCAUGUCUAGAUGGUGGGCAUGAAUAUAAUUUGUAAAUACAGUGAGAGAAAACUAGUCAUAACAUAUUGACUGAAUAAAAUGUGUGCAGAUACUGAUAGAUUUGGAGAAGUAAAGGCGACAUUGAAAUCAAAUUGAGUUUCUUGGACUAUGAUUUUUAUUCAGUUUGACAAAGUUGUACUGUAUCUUGCUUGUGAUACUGCGUCACAAUAAACCAGUAU